AUGGACUUAGGAGAGCAAGAAGGAGGAUUUGUUUUAAGUCAAUCAGAAUCUACAGCUUUGGAACAAUUUGAAGGAGGUCCUUGUGCAGUGAUUGCACCUGUUCAGGCAUAUCUUCUAAAGAAUUUCCUGUUCAAAUCUGACAAACCAAAUUGGCGAGAUUGUACAGACGAAGAGCAUAAGCAUCUUUUCUGCCUCACUCUGAGUGAAAUUCUAGAAACUGUUAGAUUAAGCAACACAACUCCCUUCUGUUUGGUAAUGUUGGCAAAAGAAAAAUCAACCGAGGAGCAUGGCAGUAUUUCUGAAAAUCAGCCAGAGUCCAGUCAGGGGAUUGAAGAGGAACAGCUCUCUGCCUUGGCUGCAGAGGAGCUUGGCUCUGAGAGAUUUCAUGCACUGAUUCAAAAACGUACAUAUGCAACUCUAACUGAACUGAGAGAGGCAAUUUUGGAACAGUAUUCAACUUGGAAGAAUCGAUUUGGAGUCCUGCUUUUUCUCUAUUCUGUAAUUUUAACAAAGGGCAUUGCAAAUAUUAGAAAUGAAAUUGAAGAUGCAGCUGAACCUCUAAUUGAUCCUGUAUAUGGUCAUGGAAGCCAAAGCCUGAUCAAUUUACUGUUGACUGGAUAUGCAGUUCUGAAUGUAUGGGAUGGUGACAGAGAGUGUUCUGGAAUGAAACUCCAUGGAAUAAGAAAUCAAUCUACUGUAGGUUUUCUGACAUUAAUGGAAUCUUUACGCUAUUGCAAGGUUGGAGCAUUCCUGAAGUCUCCUAAAUUUCCUGUUUGGAUACUUGGCAGUGAAACUCAUCUAACUGUAUUCUUUGCAAAGGAAAUGUCCUUAGUUGCUCCAGAAUCUCCUUGGGAACAGGCAAGAAGAGUAUUCCAAACAUAUGAUCCUGAAGGUAAAAUUGUUUAACUUUUGUUAUAUUUCUUGUAAAUGUCCG